CCUGUACUGCAGACCAUGGCUAUCAUCGGAGGUAAAGUGGAAACUCUGGAGGAAAUUCCAAGUCAUGUGUGGAAAGGUCUACCCGACGGUUUGAGCCUUGGACCUUCUGCUAUAAAUCAAAGCCGCGUGGGCGUCUGGGCCACUCAGUCCAUCCCAAAAGGCAAGAGGUUCGGCCCAUUUGUUGGGGAGAAGAAAAAAAGGUCCCAGGUGACCAGUAACGUGUACAUGUGGGAGGUUUACUUCCCAGCAAGGGGCUGGAUGUGUGUGGACGCCACAGACCCCGCCAAGGGGAACUGGCUGCGAUACGUCAACUGGGCCCGCUCUGGUGAGGAGCAGAACCUUUUCCCCCUGGAGAUCAACCGAGCCAUUUACUACAAUGUUUUACGGCCUAUCGGGCCGGGCGAGGAGCUGCUGGUGUGGUACACUGUCGAAGACAACCCCGAGAUAACAGCUGCACUGGAGGAAGAAAGAGCCAGCAGUCUGAGCAGGAAAAACUCACCCGGGGCGAAGCGAGCCAGAAGAAAGCUGCCUGAAGGAGCGAGCCACGCUGGUUUGGGUGGAUUCAAGAAAGGAAAACCGACUUCCAACGAGAUGUGGGAUGGAGAAGAAGGUCCAAAGGAGGAGGAGGAGGACGACGAGAGGCCGUCAACCGCAGGGCCCUCGCAGCAACUCCAGGAAACUCUUCCCAUGAGAAGCACUGAGCGUAACAAUGUAGAAGACAUGGCAAUGACUCAAAGAGGAAACGAGGAAGAGGAGGAUGCUGAGGAUUUGGCGGAUCAGCGUUCACCUGCAGCUGAUUCCAUGCAAAGUAAAUCGGGUUCAUUGAUGACAUGCCCCGAAGGAAGCCAUAAGGAGCCACAGGGACAGGUUGACUCGUCCUCACUUGCGGGACAGGAACCACAGGUUGAUCCUGAUCCUGAUCUCGACCCCGACCCGGAUGACCUCGAGGGCGACCCCCACGGAGAGUCGUAUCCCUGCCAACACUGCGAGCGCCACUUCUCCACCAGGCAGGGUCUGGAACGUCACAUCCACAUCCACGCCAUCACUAACCAGCAAACGCAACUGUUCAAAUGCCGGUACUGCAGCAAAUCCUUUGGCUCACAGGUGGGGCGGCGGCGGCAUGAAAGGCGGCAUGAGAGUGGGCUGAAGAAAAGGCCCGGCUCUCUGGCGGGCACCGCCAGUCUGCUCAGUCCUGCGAUGCUGACCGAUGCCUCGAGCCCCGACUGCACCAGCCCGACGAGUCAGUGCAUAGCCAUAGGUUCCCAGUUUACUGGAGGGCCGUCUCUGCACAACUCUGAGCUGCAGAGAAAGGAGUCGAGGCCUUAUGCCGACCGUCCUUUUAUGUUGGAUGAGAACGGCGAGUCGAAGGAGCUCCAUCCUUGCAAGUACUGUAACAAAGCGUUUGGCACACACACAAACAUGCGCCGGCACCAACGUAGAAUACACGAACGGCACUUAUUACCAAAGGGAGUUCGCAGGAAAGGCAUGCUGCUCCAGGAGGCCUCGGCGCAGAAGAAGCAGCAGCAGCAGCCCGGCGAGUCACCCAGCGCCAGCCCUCCGCCCGUCUACGUGCCCAGCGCAGACACCGAAGACGAGGUGGACCGGGAUGAUUACGCAGUCGACAUAUCCAAAAACAUCUCUGAGAAUUUGAGCUUCUAUAUUGACGGCAAGAUUGUGUCCACCAGCUCAGUGAGCAGCUGUGAGGUGAUCGAGGUGGACUCCAGAUCUGCGGCUCUGUUUGGCCUGGACACGGUCAUCAUCGGUCCAAAUCAGAUCAGUCAGGCGCUGAAGGCGGAGGGCCGAACCAGUGCAGCGAAGCAAAUCUCCAGCAUCGGGCAGCCGGCUGCCAAAAGAAGAACGUCCACCCCCCCGUUUGUCCCCAGCCUUAAGGUCGAGACCGAGUCGGCAUCGCUCACCGCCUCUUCUUCGUCGUCUUCAUCAUCCUCUACAUCUUCCUCGUCCAACCUGCUCGUGGGUGGGUUGUUCCAACAGGCUGCCGACUCGUCUGCGUUUCAACGGGAGAAAACGGUCUAUCUCUCACCGAAGCUCAAACAGCUCCUUCAGACACAAGACAUUCAGAAAUCAACCCUUGCCCUGAUAACAGAAAGCCACAGGUUGGCCUCGCCGCUGUCAGUCACGCAGCUCCCAGGGGCCUCGGGCAGGUUCAAAAGAAGAACGUCCUCGCCCCCGUCAUCUCCACAGCUCAGUCCCGGGUGUAAAGCGGAGAGCUGUAAAUCCGAGGCGGUGAGCUCAUUCGCCCUAAAGGUGCCAAAGCUGGAAAGCCUCGGCGCGUUACCUCGCGGCAGCCUCCCGGAGAGAGAAGAUGGCGGCGGCCCGAAGCCGUCGGAAGACGACACGCACGGCCAAACCUCAUCAAACAGCGGCGGGAACUCGUGCAACCAGCAGCCCCUGGACCUGUCGAGCUCCGUCGGCAGGUGCAGGGACAGCGCGGUCAAGGUGCUUGGAGAUUCAGCUCUGGAUUUGAGCUUCGGUCGGAAGAGCAACGCCGAGCCCGAAUCGAAGGGGGGUCCAGCACCGCAGCCGCUGGUGAAAAAGAGGAAGCCCAACACCAGCAUGCUUGAAAAGGUGCUCAUGAAUGAUUAUUUGGGUCUCCCGCCUCCAGCAGAGGAGGGCCCCUCGGCCUUAGCAAACCUGAGUUGUUACAACUCGCGCUCCCCGAGCAUUGCCGCGGAGUCCGCCCACCCCUCCCCCCCCUCCUUGACCCCCGUCACCAUGAACCCCUCUUCCCCCGGUGACUCCAGCGUGACGUCCCCGACGCCGCCUCCCCCCCUGCUACCUACCAUACCGUCUCCCCCAGCUGUGCCCGGCUCCCCCCUCUCUCAGCCUUCAGACUCCACGUCCCACAGACCUCUGCCCGUCCUCUCGCCCAAAAUGUCUCCCAGGUCGGUCGACCGCAGUCCCCCGUCUGACUCGGAGGACGAUUCGUCCGCCGAUGGAAACGAAGACGAGACCCGUGUGCCACAGGACCUCCCGAGCAGUCCCCUCAAAGAUCCGGCUGAACGCUCGGCGUCAUUUAGCCCCCCCGCAAACGGAAAAAUGAACCAAAGCGACGACUCGGUAACCGAGGAAUCUCCUUCCGUCCUCGCGCCGCAGCCAGAAUCCUCCUCUUCUCACGAUCAGUCCCCAUCGCCGCCUUCGCUGACCCCUCCUCCGAUUAAGAUCAAAGAGGAGCCUCAGGCCUGCACGGAUGAGCCGCCGGUCACGAAUCACGCCGCUGCGCCCGGGGCGGACCCCUCGCCUCGGCCCGCCGCUCCGGGCAAAACAGCGGAGGGCGUCGACUCGGCGUACUGCACGACCUUUGUGUGCAACGUCUGCGAGGAGCCGUUCGACUCCAUCAAAGAGCUGAGCGGCCACAUCGCCGAGCACGCCGCCGACUGGCCCUUCAAGUGCGAGUUCUGCGUGCAGCUGUUUGGCGACGCCGCCGCCCUGCUGGCUCACCGCACGGCGCUCCACGGCGUGGGCAGGAUCUUUGUGUGCUCGGUUUGCUCCAAGGAGUUUGCCUUCCUCUGUAACCUGGAGCAGCACCAGAAGGAUUCGCAUCCAGCCGAGACGUGCUCCCACACGGCCGUCGAAAGUGGCAAGCUCAGGCCGCAGAACUACACGGACCCGUCCAGAGCCAAAGAGGAGAGCAGCCCCUCAACGCCGGCGCCGGACGCCACCGACGAAGCAGCAGCAGCAGCAGCGGCGCCGCCGCCGCGCGGCGACGAGGACUUGGCGAAAGAGGAGCCCGGCGUUAACGGUAACCACGCGGAGGGGGGGCCGGAGGACCCCAACGAGGAGCUGUACACUACAAUAAAGAUAAUGGCCUCGGAAGGCGGGAAGCCCAAAGCCCCGGAUGUCCGCCUCGGCCUCAACCAACACUACCCCAGCUACAAACCGCCGCCGUUUCCCUACCACAGCCGCUCCCACGCCGGCUCGGUGGCCUCGGCCACCAACUUCACCACCCACAACAUCCCGCAGACGUUCAGCACCGCCAUCCGCUGCACCAAGUGCGGCAACAGCUUUGACAACAUGCCCGAACUGCACAAGCACAUUUUGGCCUGUGCCAGUGCCAGUGACAAGAAGCGCUACACUCCCAAGAAAAACCCCAUCACCCUCAAGGAGAUCGUGAAGAGUCCCAACGGCGUGGCGUCCCCCUCGGCCGCCGCCGCCGCCGCCGCAGGCCAGAGUCCUUUCCGAAGAAUGGGGCAGCCAAAGAGACUCAACUUCAACCAAGACACAAAUGGGAAAACGAAAAUGAGCGCCCUCAGUAAGAAGAAAAAUCAGCUCGUCCAGAAGGCGAUUUCACAGAAAAAUAAAGCUGCCACCACGGCGAAGAAGACUCCCGUGAAAGAGGAGGAGCAGCAGCAGCAGGCCUCUAACGCUUGCCCCCACUGCAGUCGCGAGUUCACCUACCCUGCAAGCCUCGGCAAGCACAUGGCCUUCAGCUGCCCCAUGAAGCCCGCUGUGAAAAGGGGCAAGAAAGGCCUGGCGGAGGUGAAAAAAGAGGCGGUGGAGAGAACCCUCAAGCUCCGAAAGAAAGCCUCCGACUCUGAGGCGGAGCCGGAGCCCAAACGCCUCGGAAAGACCAGGGCUCGAAGCUCCGGCGCGGCGGAGCCCGAACCCGCCCAGGCAAGCAGAGGAAAAGCCGCUGCCGGCGCCGGGCCGGGCCGACUGAAGAGGCCCGCCUCGUUCCCGGCAUCCGUUUCUGCCAGCAAAAAAACAAAGAAGGGCCAAUUUCAGUCACUACCUCCCACCCCGUCGGCCCCCGACACUCCCGGUGACGGCGCACAACAACAACAACAGCAACAGCAGCAGCGGCCGGCCAUGAGAAUGCAGCGUAUGGGCAAAGAGGCCCCUCCUAAGGGAUCAGGCGAGGCCAAAUCGCCGCCACCUCUUCCUGCUGCUCCUCCUCCGCAGCAGCAGCAGCAGCAGCUGAAGAAGGAGGAGCGGUUCUCCCUUCGAAUGAGGGAGAGAGUAGGUGGUCCAGUCACCAGGAGCUUACAAAUGGUCACCGCCGCUCCUUCUGUCGACGCCAAGACGGAAGAGGCGCCAAUUCAGGAGCCGAAAGAGACUCAGGAAGUGCUGUUGAAGUGAGCCAUGUGGACCCCGUGGAGCUCCCCUGGAUUUCCUGCUCGCACCUCUCAGGCAACACUCUGGACUAAUCAAGGCACUGACAGCACGGAGGUCAACCUUUUUGUGUGGUGGGAUUAUUCACUCAAAACACGUGACAUCUCGACUGCCUUUGCUGGAUUUAAAGGAGGACACUCUCUUUAUCUUCCAUCUAUCUUACGAACUGAACUGAGCCUCGAUUUUUAGCCAGCCUUGCAAAAAAAACGGAAAAAAAAAACAACGGAAAAAGAAA